AUGCCUCAACACCAUAGUGUCGGCAAGGAAGAGCCACGUCGCUGGGUAAAGCGCUACCGCACCGAGGUUGCUGCCUCCUCCGCCAGCGUCUUGUCGACAGUCACCGCCUUCCCCCUCGACAGCGUCAAGACUCGCAUGCAAACCUACCCCUAUGAUGGCGCACUGCACUGCGUGAGAACGACCUACAACGCCGAGGGCAUGCGAGGCUUCUUCAGAGGUGUUACCGCCCCCCUCGCCAGUGUCACUCUCGUCCGAACCGUCUCUUUCUCCAUCUACCAACGCUCCAAAUAUAUUUACUCCGAAUGGAUGGCGAAGAAUCUUGGGUUUUGCCCACUUGACCAUGUGAACAAGAACGGCGCCUACCCCAAUUUAGGCACUAUCGCUUGUUUUGGGGCUGCUGGAGCCACGGCUGGUUCCGGUAUCACUCUGAUAGCUUGUCCUUUUGAGUUGACGAAGCUGAGUGCACAAGUAUCGGUAUUGAUGGCGAAUCAGAAAAACAUAGAUCCGAAGAAACAGGCCAUUGCACUCAGUUAUCAUAACAAAGGCACGAUAAAAACACUCCAAAACAUUGUAAAGCACCGAGGCUUCACGGGGAUGUAUACCGGACUAAAUCUACAUUUACUGAGAGAUACCCUUGGAACAGGGAUCUAUUUCGCAACGUACGAGAGCAGCAAGCAGCUGUUAACUACAUUUAGCGGGACGGACGCUCAUAAGAACCCGGUUGCUGUCCUUGCAGCUGGCGCUCUGUGCGGCAUUGUUUCUUGGGCAUUGAUCUAUCCAAUUGAUUCAGUUAAGAGCAUUUACCAGCGGAAUGCUCUGAUGUAUUCUAAAGGCCAAACCGUCCCUAUCCCUAAAAUCCAGUUCUUCCGACGGGACAUGUACCGCGGGCUUGGUGUGUCCAUGGGACGAUCCGCCGCAGUCAACGCAGUGUUCUUUUCCGCAUUUGAGUUCUUCAAGAAGAGGAUCAAUGCUUUAAAGGACACGUGA